AUGGCCACUGGUGCUGCAACCACCAUCUAUGCAAUUGAGGCAGAUGGUGACCCAAAUACUGGGUUUGAAAAGUCAAAGGAGCUAGGAGAAAUACAAUAUCUUAUUAAAUGGAAAGGCUGGUCACACAUCCAUAAUACAUGGGAAACUGAGGAAACACUGAAGCAACAAAAUGUUAAAGGAAUGAAGAAACUGGACAACUAUAAGAAAAAGGAUCAGGAAACAAAACGCUGGCUGAAAAAUGCUUCUCCAGAAGAUGUGGAAUAUUAUAACUGCCAGCAGGAACUUACAGAUGAUCUACAUAAGCAGUAUCAAAUAGUGGAGAGGAUAAUUGCUCAUUCAAAUCAGAAAUCAGCAGCUGGUUAUCCAGAUUACUAUUGCAAAUGGCAAGGUCUGCCUUACUCAGAAUGUAGCUGGGAAGACGGUGCUCUCAUUGCCAAAAAAUUUCAGGCGUGUAUUGAUGAAUAUUUUAGUAGAAACCAAUCCAAGACCACUCCAUUUAAGGACUGCAAGAUUCUAAAACAGAGGCCAAGGUUUGUUGCACUAAAGAAGCAACCAUCUUAUAUUGGAGGACAUGAAGGUUUAGAGUUAAGAGAUUAUCAGUUAAAUGGACUGAACUGGCUUGCUCAUUCAUGGUGCAAAGGGAAUAGUUGUAUUCUUGCAGAUGAAAUGGGUCUGGGUAAAACAAUACAAACAAUUUCUUUUCUGAACUACCUGUUUCACGAACAUCAACUGUAUGGGCCUUUCUUGCUAGUCGUGCCACUUUCCACUUUGACAUCUUGGCAAAGAGAGAUUCAAACUUGGGCUCCUCAAAUGAAUGCUGUGGUUUACUUAGGCGACAUAACUAGCAGAAAUAUGAUAAGAACUCAUGAAUGGAUGCAUCCACAGACCAAGCGAUUAAAAUUUAAUAUACUUUUAACGACUUAUGAAAUUUUGCUGAAGGAUAAG